UGAUUUCUGAAAGCAUAUAAGUUUCUUUCUAUUUGUGUUACAGGACCUGAUUCUUCCAUCUUUUAUUGUUCCAUUUUUCCAUAUGGACCACAUGUUUUUUGAUUAAAAGUAGGAUAUUUAUCAAGAAUCCAAGUUAUCUAACCCAACUUGAAUUAUAUCUUUGCACAACAGAUGCUAACUGGAGCAAGUUGUUUGAACAUGACAUUUGUGUUCUUAUUUUCCAGCAUCUCAAACAUCUAUUAAAAAAAAAAGUUCAGAAAUGACUCUUCAUUAGAUGCCUUAUAUUGAACACAUACUACUUUGAUAUUUGGCUAUUAAAUCGAUCAUAUGAAUUACUCUCAAAUCCACAUUUAAACUCGCACUCUAUCCCUCGCCUGUGUAAAGACAAAAAUACCCUCCUGCCCAUUAGUUUUAAGACCAAAAUUUGCUUGGUUUCUUAAUGGGCCUAGUGGGCUUAGUGGGCAUAAGGCUUAAUUUGGUAAGGUAUAUAUGGUUGUUUCUUUUUGACUUAAUACAUACAUAAUGACUUAAUGAAAUGAAGGGAUAAUGAAGAAUGAAAUAGAGUUGUAUUAAUGAAUAGAACCUUGGGAUCUUUUGUUUUUGUAGGUAUUAUUUGUGUAUAAGUCUUAUUUGUGUGUUACUAUACGGUUGUAAUUAAGUACUUAAUGAAGGACUUAAUGGACUUAAAAGAAAUCGUGGAGUAGGUAUAUGAUUGUUAAGGAGUAGCAUGAAUAUAUAUAUACACAUGGGUCGGGUCGAGGUGACACACAACACCUUUUGUCAUGUAGUAUGAAAACUAUAUUAUUAAAGUAAUAAUAUAAUUCUUUUAAAUAAAACUAUAUAUUAUGAAAGUAACGUCGGUGUCACUAAAAAAGACAUUUCGUUUUGCAUUCAGACCACAAAUAGUUAAAUCCAAAUCACAUUCCAACUUGUACAACAUAUAAUCCAAGAUGCAAAAUAAUAAUACCAUCUCUGGAAAUAACAAUUUUGCUUCUACUCAUAUCAAAUUUUCACAUUUAAAGUUUUUUAAGUUUUUUUUAAAUGUUUUUAUCUUUCAUAAUAUUAAAGUAAAUUUAUUAAUAUUUUAUAAGCUGUGAUUUUUGUCCUUACUAUAUUUUAAACCUUUUUUUUAAACAUAAUUAAAAUGAAUUGCAAAUGAAUUAUCUAUCACAUGCAUGGAAUCACUUAAAAGAAGUAUCGGAGUGUAGUUGGAUGUGGUCUGGCUCUCGUACUGGCAUUAGGUAUUGGUCUGAUGAUUUGUUUGCAGAAUAAGAUGAAAAUUCAGAUGUGUUUGUUGAAGACUCAGAUGAGGAUUCGGACGACGAGGACGCCGAUCAAGAGUUCCGUAUUUUUUUAAUAAUGGUUUAUCAUUUUUAUUAUGUAAUUUUUAAUUAUGUUUUCUAAGUUUUAUUAUGAAAUCUUAAUUUUUAAAUAAUGAGAUAUUUUUAUUUUAAUUAAUUUUUGAGUUUAUUAAUAUAUUUUUUUAAUUUAAUUUAUUUUUGAAUUAUAAACUAUAAAAAUAAAUUAUUUUUAUUCUUAAAAUAAUAAAAGAUAGUGAAAUGUGAUUAUUUCCUGGGUUUUGACAAGUGAAAUAUGAAUAUAAGAAAAAGUGAGUAGGGGGGGAGUAAUGGGGUGUGAAUAGACUCUCCAACUUUACAUAAUAGUUAAUAUUAAUUAAUUUCAAAUAUAGUAGCAUUAUUUGUGCAAUUUGCCAUAAAAAUGUUAGAUUUAUUUUAUUUUUUUUCAAACAAGAAAAUCUUCCCUCUCCCCCUUCUCCAUAGGCGAUACCUGAAACUUCUGAAGAAGCUUCACGCACCAGGUCCUUGUCUCGUCUCCUCACAAUUGAUAUCUGCGGUUUAAAAUUUUAUCCACUGUCUACUCUCGUUAUAAUUGACAACUGUUAGACAAUAGAUCAGAUCGUUAUUCCUUGGCAAAAUGGCGACUGAAUCAUCGGAGGGAGAAGAAGAAACGAAACUCACGGGAGGGAAUCCGCAACUGGUGGUAGAUGGCGACCUCCGUGAGAUGGCAAAGAUGGCUGCUUGGAGCGUAAGCUCUUGUAAACCCGGCAAUGGUGUCUCUUCUCUUCGAGACGACAAUUACGAAACCUAUUGGCAAUCAGAUGGCGCACAACCACAUCUCGUUAACAUUCAGUUCCAAAAGAAAGUUAAACUUCAAUUAGUGGCGCUUUAUGUUGAUUUCAAUCUCGAUGAGAGUUAUACACCUAGUAAGAUCUCAAUUCGUGCUGGAGAUGGUUUCCAUAACUUAAAGGAGAUAAAAACAGUAGAACUUGUGAAACCAACUGGUUGGGUACACAUAUCUUUAUCUGGAAAUGAUCCUCGGGAAGCUUUUGUAAAUACCUUCAUGUUGCAAAUUGGUAUACUGUCGAAUCAUCUUAACGGGAGGGAUACACACGUCCGCCAGAUAAAAGUUUACGGACCGCGACCGAAUCCUAUUCCACAUCAACCAUUUCAGUUUACUUCAAGUGAAUUCAUUACUUACUCAACUGUGAGAUGAAGAAAAUUUAAAAGGCUUGUUGGAUUGUGAUGGUUUACAUGUUAGUUAACUUAGCUGUACCAUUUUAAAUUUAUGGUUAAAGGUUGCUCAAUAUGGUUUUUUUAUUUUUGGAAAAGAAUGGUGUUUAAUGUGUGAUUGAUAACAUUGGCCAUAUGCACUGUUUCUUUUUUUGUCCAAAAUGGGUCAUUUCUUCCCCAAUGAAAUGUUUAUUUAUUUAUUUAUUUAUUUAUUUAUUUAUGUAAGAAUGGUGGUUUACUUGCAUGAGAAUUUA